AUGCCGCCCCGCACCUCGGCGCAAGACCAGAUCGCCUCGCUCCGGAGCGAGCUCGAGCUGUCGACCUUCCUCAACAAGGGAGUCCUCCAGUCCAACGCAGAGCACAAGCUGCGCAUCGCCGAGCUCGAGGCGGAGAACGCGACGCUGCGCACCGCCGAGUCCAAGCUCGCCGCCACGGAGGACGCGCUCGAGGCGGCGGAGCAGCGCGUCGCGGGCUUGGAGGAGGCCAAGCGCCGGCUCGGGGAACGGCGCGAGGCGGCGCUCGCGCGCGAGGUCGACCUCCGCCGCGCGGCCGAGGAGGAGCGCGACGUGUGGAAGGCGCGCUUUGUCGCCCUUGCGUCUGCGGCCGACCGCGCGCGCCUGCUCCUCGACGUCGCUGUUGCCGGAGGCGAGGCGGGGCCAUCGACGCCCAUGUCGGCUCCUCCUCCACCAGUGAGUUGGCCCGCUGGGAACUGGGAAUCUCUGACACCAGAAGGCAUUGCACGCGCAAUCGCUGCCCCCGAAGACUAA